UAUAAUCGAUGUUUAGGCUCUUUUGAUCAAUCGAGAGACUCCUGCAACCUCGUGGAGUAGUUUUUGAACGGAAAUCUUGUUGACCACACUCUCUUGACGGUGUAUGGAUAAGCUGCAAACGUCGAUCGACGUCAACGACCCGAAUUUCAGACACUCGGAGCACCAUUUGGACGAGUAUAUUCAAACGGUGAAAAUACAAUACGAAAAACUCGAAAAUGAGUAUCACCGAUUGUUGAAACUGCGGAAUGAAUUGGGUCAAAGACUAAAAGAGCAGAAGCAGAUUGGGAAAAACAAGCAGAGCGAUGCUAUGUUGAAGAUGGAGUGUUUAUGAAAACAAGAAGAAAAAAGGAUUACGUUGUGAUUAUUUCAUUAAAUUUUCAGACAAAGGCAUGUGAAAAAUUUCAAAGGAUCAUCACAGAAACCAACAGCAGAACUAAUAAACCCAAGAUGUAAGAACCAGAAUGAUAGAAGGAUUGCAGACUCUCAACAAGCCUCUGCAGAUAUUGCAGGGCAGGGGGACAUUUGCUCUGUUCAUUUGUAGGCCGACAUCCUUACUCAUUGGAGAGGAAAAGCCUAGGCUUGAAGAAUACACGUGGUAGACCUUAACAAAGGCUUAGGGUGACUGCAAAUGGUUUAGGUGUUGACACCGCUCAUUACUGUAAGAAAAUAAAGGUGAAAGAAGCUUUAAAGAAAUUGUAAUUUCUAAUUCAAUCGCACCAAAAUGGCAAAGAAUAAGAAGAAAGAAAAGAAAAUUGAAAAAGAAAAGAAAAUUGAAAAAAAGACGAGUAAAAAAGUUAAAAAUCCCAAUGUAAAUAAGCCAAAAGUGUUAAGGUGUAAAGAUUCCAUACAGUUUGUUACGUCUAUGAAACACAAUUUAGAUGUAAUGUGCUCCACAUUCAAGUGCAUUGUCACAGCUCUAAAUGAGACAGAUUGCACUGAAGAAACGGAACUUCCUGAAAACGACAACCCAGAGGAAGAAUGGUGUCCUCCGUCAAAUUCGACUUCAAACAAUCACUUCCAGAUACCAGUUGUACACGAUAAAAGUAAAGGUUUCAAGUCUUAUUUUAAUAUUCAAAGUGUUGCCAAUGAGCAGCAAAAUUAUCAAGCGUUUCAUAAAGACAUUCCCAAUACUAGUAGUCCGAAGAAACCCGAACCUUCAGAGGCAGAAUCAGAGUUUCAAGAAAUGACGGAACAUCCUUUUGAUGUGGAAGAGACAAAUGAAGAAACUGGAAAUUAUUCUGUUGAUGGUUCGUUUAACAGCUCUAAUGGAAUUACAUCAAAAAUGGAGUUCUGUGAUGCUUUGACAAGUUCACUUUGUGCAUACGAUAAUGAAAAUUAUCCAUCUAUUCAGAAUGAAAGCUUGAAAGAAGAAAGUUACAAACCAGCAAUUUUACCAAUGGCUUCUAAUUCUAUUCUCUUCCAAGGCGGUCUUUUCAAAGUUAAAAUAUCAAAUCUCAAACCGAGCGUUAAGUAUGAGGACAUUAAUGGUAUUUUAUCAGAAAUUGGGGUUGAUAAUAACACCGUUGAGGACAUAAUGCUGGUCAAUCAUAGUCAGAAAACUUUUGCUGUCAUUUCAUUUAGUGAUAAUGCGACUAUGAUGAAAGCUUUGUCGUCGAAUAAGAAAAUAAAUCAUCAAGGAAAGGUUAUAACAAUAAAACCAGUAUCACAAAGAUAAUGACAAGAAAAUAAAGAUUUUAACAUACAAAUAACUUUCUAUUCUCAAGAAUCAAAUUUGUAUUAAAAAUUAGUUUAGAAGUUGGAUGUCACGUCAUGUAAAUAUCACAAUGUUGGAUUAGUACUGUUUACAUAUUUUUCAAGAUUCCAGUUAAAUAAACAAUGUAAAAAAAUGUUCAAGUUGUAAAACAAACUUUUCUAAAUAAUUCAUACAAUUAAAUGUCUGUUAAUUUAUAUUUAUGUCAGCGAUCAUUGAUAAAUUCUUGGUGAGAACACUGGAAUAUAAUUGGAUGCGUAGUUUGGAAGUUAAAAAAUAAUUCACACAAUAACUAUAAAAUAAUUCAGAUAGUUAUAAGCAAAGACUGGAUUUUUAUGCAGUUUGAUAUUUCGUCUGCCACCAUAUAUGACCGAGGAAAUCAAUUAUCUAUCUGAAUCAUGUAUUUUGGAAGCUGUUGGUUAAAUUUUGUAGAGCAUAAUUUCGCAUAUUUGAUGAAUAUUGCAUAAAAUUGCAUAUUUGAAGGAUUUUUACGUAAAGUCGAAUUUAUCGCACAAAAUAUUUACAACACUAUAUUGGUUUGUGGAGGAAGCAUAAAAAAGUUCUGUAAAAAAAAAAAGUUGAAAAGUUGGUUUAAUUCGAAGUAAACUGAAAUAGGCCACAACGACGGGAAAAGAAGAUUCUAGAAAUACCGAACAAAGAAUAUAAAUUCUUAGGUCUUACUUCAAUAUUAAAUAUUCUCACAAAUUUUAAAUGACCGUAGGCACUAUUU